AUGGCUGCCCACAAGCGUCUUAAGACCAAGAAGAUCCUCGCCAAGAAGGCCCGGCAGAACCGCCCGCUCCCGCAGUGGAUCCGCCUCCGGACCGGCAACAAGAUCCGGUACAACGCCAAGCGCCGCCACUGGCGCCGCACCAAGCUCAACAUCUAA